CUGUAAAUAAAUCAAGGGAAAACGAUUGUGAUUUGGCAAUACUGUCUGUAGAGCAGUUUUUCGCCGCAAAAUAUCCUCAAUACAAACAAUAUUUAGUUAACAUAUGAAGAUAUAUUUCACUUUUAUGCUUUCAUUGCUUUUGUAUCAUGCUCAUUUGAAUAAUCUGUGUAUCAAAUACAUAAUUAUAGACCUCACUGAUAAGGAAAAUUUUAUUUCCAUUCGAUUUUGCACUCAUUCGCUUAUUUGAAUCCCGUUCCUGUCUUUGUGUGAAGGACUUGCAGUGGAGUUGUGGUUCGCUGUCCGUGCUCCUGGCGUGGUUCGACCUGAUCUUCAUGCUGGGCACGAUCCCCACCUUCGGCGUCUUCGUCUUCAUGAUCAACGACUUCCUGCGGUUCAUGCUCAAGCUGUUUGUGAUCGUGUUCCUGCAGGUGAUCGCCUUCUCCUUCGCCUUCCACAUGCUCCUGCGCGGGAGGGCCUCCUUCAGGAACCUGCCUUGCGCGAUUAUGAAGAUCGUGACGAUGAUGCUUGGUGACCUGGGCUACGACGACCUGUUCAACAACACGGAGAGCCCCCUGCCGUACCCGGCCGGUGAGCAACAUCGUCCUCGUCUACUUCCUCUUCCUCAUGGUCAUCGGUAUGAUCAACAUCCUGACGAACUUCCCGCAGGAGGUUCUGGACAAGGCCAAGAAGCAGACGGAGCUCAUGAAGCUGUCGAGGCCGCUCAACGCCGUCUUGGAGAUGGACUCCAAGUUUCCUCUGCUGCGGAGGAGGUACACCGUCGGCUGGGUGGUGGACGGCCUGCCGAAGGAGGACGAGGUGGACAGCAAACAGGG